UUCAAAAUGAAUACUAAAAAGGAUUAUUCAGCUUUUUUCAAGCCUUAUGAGAGAGGAUUAGAACUCGAUACGACAAGCAAUGCAGUCAAUUUGGAUAAUUUGGAGAGCUUCUUUGGAAUUUUGACAGUUUUCUUUCGUUUUCAAGACUAUUAUGUCUUCAAAAUGAAUACUAAAAAGGAUUAUUCAGCUUUUUUCAAGCCUUAUGAGAGAGGAUUAGAACUCGAUACGACAAGCAAUGCAGUCAAUUUGGAUAAUUUGGAGAGUUUUCUUGGAAUUUUGAAAGUUUUUUUCCGUUUUCAAGACUAUUAUGUCUUCAAAAUGAAUACUGAAAAGGAUUAUUCAGCUGUUUCAAGCCUUAUGAGAGAGGAUUAGAACUCGAUAUGACUAGAAAUACAGUCAAUUUGGAUAAUUUGGAGAGUUUCCUUGGAAUUUUGACAGUUUUCUUCCGUUUUCAAGACUACUUUGUUUUAGACUACUAAAUAAUUCUUGAACGUUCUAAAUGAUUCUUGAGCAUUCUAGAACUCAGACGUGACACUAAAUAUUCAAAUACUUUUUAUUUAAUAUUAAAUUAAUUACACUUAAAACAUACUAUCAUUUGCUUCCAAUUUUC